AUUUAAAUGUAGAAGUGAAGUUACCAUGUAAGCACGUGCAGCGUGUUUGGGUAUUUAAGUAUUCAUUUGUUGUCGCAGCAGCAGCAGCAGUCAUGAGCAGUCACUUGGUGCUGAUGGUGUGUCUCACGCUCGCGCUGGCGUUGUGUUCCCGCGGCGGGGAGGCGCGAGUCAGACUGAACGCCAUCAGGACGGUGAUCCUGACGGAGGGCCACGCGCUGCCAGUGAACAGGAGCGCGUGGGAGCCAAACUUAGACCUGACGCUCUACCAGUGCAUGAGCGACCUGGAGUGCAGCGAGGGCAGCUACUGCCACGCCCCCGCCAAAGGCCCCGCCCACUCGCGCUGUCAGAGCUGCCGCAGGAGGAAGAGGCGCUGCCUUAGGGACAGCAUGUGUUGCCCGGGCAACCGCUGCAACAACAAUAUCUGUGUUCCCGAAGUGGAUAGUUUUGUGUCUGAGAGGAUCCCAGACUCGGAUGGAAGGAUCAGUCCUCUGUCUAAAAAGAAAGGAUGGAGGAAGAGGGGGAAGCUGGACGUCAAAGGGACAUCCGGUAAAGGUCAGGUCGGAGAUCCCUGUCUACGCACCUCAGACUGUUCAAGUGGUUUGUGCUGCGCCCGUCACUUCUGGGCUCGCAUCUGCAAGCCGGUGUUGCGGGAGGGACAGGUUUGCACGCGACACCGCCAGAAGGGGAAUCAAGGCCUGGAGCUGUUCCAGCGCUGCCCCUGCGGUGAUGGAUUUAGCUGCCGAACGCUGCAAGAGCUCAGUGGCCAGCCUUCAAUAUCCUCGUCCUCGUCCUCAUCCUCGUCAUCACUGCUGGCGGCAGCGGCAAAAUCCAAGUUUGCAGCGUCCUCUUCCUCAUCUCACCACUCCUCUCCCCAGACAUCGCUGCUGUCUUCAUCCUCAAAGUCGUCGUCAGCGGUGGCAAAGGCGAGACUUCACGUGUGCCAGAAAAACUGAGGAGGGGUGGGUCAAAACAAAGACAAAGGAGGGAGAAAGAAUGGCCUGAAAUGAAGGAAGGAAGAAAGGAAAGACCUUCCUCUUCCUGCCAAUGAUCGACCCCGGAGGUAACGAGAGGCAGAGACCAGGAAUCAGAGAGAGUGGGACAGAGACAAAUGGAGAGAGGGGUGAAUAACCAUACCUGUUUACACCUGUCAAAUCUCCCUGUAACCCCUCCUUCUCAUCCAAACCGUCCUUGUAUUUCAAUGCUAAUUAGCUUCCUGUCAGGCUGCAUUCACACACAGAGCGGGAAGUGAAACUCUUUGUUGUUCAGAUCUGGUUUCCUCCUGGGUGUCUAGACAAGCAGAAACCACUUUGAAAUCUGGUUCGACACCAUUUACACAGAGCAUUAAUAUUGAAAACCUGUUAUAUGUGGUUGUAAUGGCCUCCAGCAAGCUUUGAGAACCCAUAGAUCCAAUCAUGUGCUGUUACUUUGAAAAAAACACACUACAGAUAUUAUCUAAAACAUAUCUUUAUUCCCAAAGAAGUAAAUGUUGUGCUAAUCGGGAGAUAAGCACGAGAUAGCGUCACUAAUUUCAGUAACUAAUGAUGAAGAACUAAUGAUCUCAUCUGUGAAGUUGCUUUAUUAUAGGUUGGUCCAACACCAUUGUCAAAGGCAAGUUUAUUUAAGUAGAUGUUCUUAUUUUUAUGGAUGUAUUUUGAUGACUCUGGUAAGCUAGCCUUAGAAUAUGCAUUAAGAAGUCUUACGUAAACUUGAUUUUAAAAAGAAAGGAAAAAUAGCUUAACCAACAUUUCUCUAACCAUUUGGGCAAUCAGCAAACACAAAAAUGUUACAACAGCUCUGACGAGAGUUAAAGUGAGUUUUGUCUUUAGUUUUAUAGCAAUGAACAGGUGAUCUUUGGCUAUUAGCCUCCAAAGAGCUGUCACAGUAACACCCAUUUGGCAAAAGAGCAAUAGAAUUAACAUCCAUAUUCACAUCCCUAAACUGUGAAAUGUUGCUUCGUUAAACCAAAUCUGUCCCUUUCCAAACUUUAAGGCCCGAGGUUUGUCCAGACGUCUUGUUUUAUUGCACUGUUGUAAUUGUGAUAGAGUUAUUUUAUUUUUUUUAAGUUGUUCCUGUAUAUUUUGGAUGAAUGUUGGUAGAAAUGCCUGUUUGUUACGUGUCCCUCUGCAAGUUUAUUUUGGGGGUUUGUUUUCAACACUUUAAGAGGGAAUCUUCUGUUUCUGUAUUUUACAGGAGUCUGCUAAUCAAUCACUAAUCUGUGUUUUUACCAUUAAAAAGAUUU